GAUAGCAAAAUACAUUUGUAUAUUGUGGGACAUUUGUGGAUCAUAGCACAUGCAUUUACAAAUAAUUUUGAGACAUAUCUCUCUCCAUACUGUUGUGCAUUUUUUAGUGGGAUAUGGACGUGCUUGAUUUUAGCCAGACUGUAUUUGCCUUUGGGUAUGUCAUGUCUGUCAGGAAGUACAUUUCGGCAGCGCAAGCACCACAAAACAGAACAAUAGUAACCAGAGUUUUGCUAACUACAUUUUUAGCAGUGGAAUGGAGCCCAAUAAGGCUUCAGCCCUGAGCAGACCCCCCUGAGCAGCCUGAUGUUUUUAUCCAGGAGGACGAAUGGUGGGAUUGCUCUCCUAAUAUCCCGUCUAAUUGGCUGACACAGAGAGUGUGUAUUCAUAUUUCUCAGGCUGAGCUGCACGAGUGCAGCUGGGAUAAACCAAGAGGACUGGAGUUACAAAACUCUGGUAACCACUGUUCAAAGUCACAUUGAAAGGUUGGAAUAACUGGCAGCCACAGUAGUGCCUACUCAUUGCCUUACCUUUAUUAGGUAAAAGUGAUUGUUAAUCUACAUCCUAAAAACGUAUAGAGAAAACGGUAAGAAAGUAAUAAAUAAAUGAACAAUAGAGUAAUGUUCUUGAUGGGAUGAAACUUCAGCUUACUGUAUUCUUGUUCUGACCCUUUGAAAUUAAAACAUCAAUGUCCUUGUUUAUGUAUUUUAUUCUGUAAGCCCCUUAUGCAAUUGCUAUGAAGCUGUUGCACCCAUAGCUUUAUAUAUUCACCUUUAAGAUGGGAUAUUUUUUUUGUGAUGAUGAUGUCAGCCUAUUUUGUGUUCUCAAGAUUGUCUGAUUACAAGGGUGUUUUGUCAUAUUGGCUAGGUGCUGUGAGGUGUUAGCCUAUAUUCAGUUGUGCUGCACAAUCCGACUGAGAUGUUUUUAAAAUAGCUAUUUCUGUCGGCCGAACUGGCGUGGGCGAAAAGACUUGCAGUUCUGAAAAAAAAAAAAGCGUACGCGACGGAGGAGAUGCGUACAGAGAGAAGGGUGCAUACACAAAAUACUUUCCCUUUAAACAGGGGACACCGCGGCGGGGGAUAGAUAGAGGGGGAGAGCAGAGAUAAAAAAAAAAAAAAAAAAAAGAAAGGAAGAAAGACUGCGAGGGUGGGAGGGAGAGAGAAAUAGAAAAAAAAGGAAAGAUGUCAUCCUCUCGAUUGAAAAGCCGAGGCGGAGCUUUGGAUUGCGGCCGAUCGGGCACUCUCUAGCUCGGGACAAGAUUUUACGCAACACCGAGGCUUUGGAAUCCAACAUUCGAUUCGGCCUUUCGGAGCUAUCGAAAUAAAUUACUCUUUCUCCACGCAUUUACAAUCAACUGCUGACUUAUCAUUAUUACUUUUAAUAGUAUUUUCGUCUGUGUAAUAGCCUAUUUUUGCAUGAUUUGACAAUAGUUUUUUUUCUUAGCCUAUUACAUACAAUUGCAUUAUAAAGGCAUCAUUAAAAGCAUGCAUCAACCAUUUUGUCGCAUUUUAGUUCUCGAUAGUGUCACGUUGCAGCCUCUCAUCUCACACCAUAUAGCAUUUUAAUGCAAUAUAAUAUAUAAUUGUCGAAUAACUGAGUAUAUCCUAAAUUAUAAUUAAUCUUCAAUAACAUUUGUUACCACUAAGAAUGCACCACGAUUUAAACUUUCACACAAAAACAUUUACCUUUUAAACGGCAGAGAGGAACUACAGGUAGACUACAGACAUUACAGCAGGUGGUGGCUGGUCCCAAUCUACAUUUUUUUACGGAAUCUCAGGCAGAUAAAUAUUUGUACUGUUUUGACUCCUGGACUGAAAGUGUCUGUCCGUCAUCAUUCAAACUUCAAAAUGGAUUCUUCUUGGAGUAAUUUUCUGUUUCAGGCUGCGCCCUCACAAAGCCAGUCUGAAACAGGCAUCCAAUCAGAACUUCUUCCAGACAUGACCAGCGCCUCCCAGAGCCCCCACACAGAGCACAUAGCCUCGCCCCCAUCCACAGUGGACACAGCUGCCUUGAGUGAAGAGCCUUUACCUGUCAAGGCCGUCUCCAAGCCUGGCCGGCCCACACACAUCUGCACCACAUGCAACAAGCAGUUCAAGAACAACUACAACCUCCGGCGCCAUCAGUCGGUUCACACUGGCAUCAAAAUGAAGGACAGGGCCGCCAGAGAGAGGGAGGAAUUGGGCAAGGGAGGAGUAAUUGGAGGAGGAAGGCAAACAUCCCUCUCUCCCUGCUCCACCUUCCUCUGCCCCCCUCACCCUGUUCCUCCAGCCGAAUCCCUCCCCCGACCCUCACCCCUCGGAAACCUGGAGGGCCAACCUGUUACUGUGUCCAUAGCCCCAGCGACCAUAACCGCUGCCACACCGCAGGUCCUUCAGGCUGCAGUUGUGGUGGCCAGCACGAUGGUACAGAACCAGAACCCACAGCCUCAGCCCAACCCCAGCCCGAGCCCCAACCAGGUGAGAAAGAACCAUGCAUGCGAGGCCUGCGGGAAGGCCUUCCGUGACGUCUACCACUUAAACCGCCACCGGCUCUCCCACUCAGACGAGAAGCCCUACCACUGCCCAAUCUGCCAGCAGCGUUUUAAAAGGAAAGACCGCAUGAGCUACCAUGUACGCUCACACCAAGGAGGGGUGGAGAAACCAUACGUCUGCCCUCACUGUGCGAAGGGGUUCUCCCGACCAGAUCACCUGAACAGUCACGUCAGACAGGUGCACUCCACUGAGAGACCCUUCAAGUGCCCGACCUGCACGUCUGCAUUUGCCACGAAGGACCGCCUCCGCGCCCACCUGAUUCGCCAUGAGGAGAAGGUGCCAUGUCAUAUCUGUGGCAAGCUCCUUUCUGCUGCCUACAUCACCGAUCACAUGAGGGUCCACAACCAAUCACAGCACCACUCCUGCCACCUGUGCAACCGCAGCUUUACCACCCUAACCUAUCUACGCGUCCAUGCCCAGAAACACCACGGCCAGGAAUGGAAGGAGAGCGGUGGGACUCGGGGCCUUUUUGGUGGUGCCGGGGCUGGCGGCGUCCUGCUGUGCCAGCUGUGCGGUAUCCAGUGCAAGACACCAACCCAGCUCCAGGGCCACAUGGGCACACAUGCCACCUCGCAGGGCCAGGGCGCUCCCAGCCCCAGCUCCAGCAGCAGCCCAGCUGGGACAGGCACUGUGGCAGUGUCUCUGUCCAGUAGCUCCACGGUGGGAUUGCUGGUCACUGACUGCUCCAGCAUCAACCCCCAACCACCCAGCUAGCAGCCGGGAAGGGGGAAGGGGAGAAGGGCGACUGUUGAGACUACACAGUCCGGACAGAGUCACUUUAUCAUCUGCCAAUGGUGGACACAGACGGAGAGAUGAACAUGAAAUCUGCCUGUUUUUUAGGGGGAUAAAAUCCUACAGAGCAAAAGAGAAUGUUUUCAGGUGCGGUUUAGCACUUUUACAUUCACAGAGAACACGAGUCUCAUAACCUCAUCUGGUAACUUAGAAAGUCAUUGCUAUUUCUUGAAAAUAUGAUUCUACAUAUGAUCAUGCAGUAUAAGCUGUGGUCCUAGAUUUGCUUUUAUGCUUAUUUUAAUAUUAACUGUAUGCGAGAAUGGACUGUUGCCUUUUCAACAGAAACCUGUCAAUUCCAUGUAACUUUACCAUGUGAUUAAUGGAUAGAUAAAUGGGUAUUUAUCUGUAUAUCUGGACACAGAAUGCUUGUAUUUCUUUAUUUCCUAAUACAUUUGUUGUUAUUAAUCUGGAUGCUCAGAUUUUUUAUUCUCCCAAAGUUAUUGAUCUGAAAAGUAUUUGUACUUUUGUGAUAUGUUUUUGUGAGACUGUGCAUUUGACUGUUCAUCUGUUCUGUUGGUGUGAAACUCGCCUAAUGUCACUGUAUUAAAGCGGUAGUAUUUAGGCUUUGA